AUUGAGGGAGGGGAAACACACCAUCGAAGAGGGGAAGAAACCGGAGCACCUCCUCCCCCCCGCUCCUCUCUAUCUCCUAUUCUCCCCGCGUGCAUCAUCAUUCCUGUGGAUGCUCCGGGAUGACAGCGUGAAGCGGGGCCAGGAGCUGUCGAGGUACACACACGCCCGCCCGCCCCCGCCCCUCUUUCUCCCUCCACGGCCGUUUUCAUCGACUCGGAUGUGGACAUGAAUUCGGCGGAGCAAACGGUGACAUGGCUCAUUACGCUCGGCGUGCUCGAGUCGCCAAAGAAGAGCAUUGCGGACCCGGAGGCUUUCCUGCACAGCUCCCUCAAGGAUGGCGUGGUGCUUUGCAGGCUCCUGGAGCGCCUCAGCCCCGGAUCCACGGAGAAAAUCUACCAGGAGCCCAAGAACGACAGCGAGUGUCUGAGCAACAUAAAGGAGUUUGUCAAGGGCUGCACAUCUUUCCGCGUCGAGCCAUUUGAGGCCAGUGACCUCCUGCUCGGUCUGAACUUCUCCAAGGUGCUGAGUAGUCUCGUGGCUCUGAAUAAAGUGACUGCAGAUAUCGGCGUGGGCAGUGAUUCGGUGUGCGCCCGACACUCGUCAGCCCACCGCAUCAAGUCCUUUGAGUCUCUGGCCUCCCAGGCUUCACUGGCUCGAUCCUCCAAGCUGCUGCAAAACCAGUUUCGCAGUCUGGACAUGUCAGAGAACAGUGGGCAGCAGCUGCUGGUGAAGGCGCGUUUCAACUUCUUACAAACGAACGAGGAUGAGCUCACCUUUAACAAGGGCGACAUCAUUGGCGUGACUCGUCAGGAGGACGGGGGCUGGUGGGAGGGGACCCUCAACGGCAAGACGGGAUGGUUUCCUAGCAACUACGUCCGUGAAGUCAAAGGCUCUGAUAAGCAAGUGUCACCCAAAUCUGGUACCCUUAAAAGUCCUCCUAAAGGCUUUGACACAUCUGCCAUUAGCAAGACAUACUACAACUUGGUGUUGCAGAACAUUUUAGAAACAGAGACUGAAUAUUCCAAGGACCUUCAGGUCCUCCUCACGAAUUACUUGCGCCCCCUUCAGAGCUUUGAAAAGCUGAGCGGCUCUGAUCUAUCUCUGAUCCUGGGAAACCUGGAGGAGAUCAGCACCUUUCAACAGAUGCUCGUCCAAUCACUGGAGGAAUGCACCAAGCUUCCAGAAAGUCAGCAGAGGGUGGGCGGUUUCUUCCUCAACCUCAUGCCCCAAAUGAAGGCUCUUUAUGUGGGCUACUGCUCCAACCAUCCCUGUGCAGUGAACGUACUGACGCAACACAGCGAGACGUUGGGGGAGUUCAUGGAGGGCCGAGGUGCCGUCAGCCCCGGGAUCCUCACUCUGACCACUGGUCUCAGUAAGCCUUUCAUGAGACUCGACAAAUACCCCACCCUGCUCAAAGAGCUGGAGCGCCACAUGGAGGAGAGUCACCCUGACAGAAGUGACAUCCAGAAGUGCAUGGCCACUUUCAAACAUCUUUCCGCGCAGUGCCAGGAGGUACGCAAGCGGAAGGAGCUGGAGCUGCAGAUUCUGACCGAAUCCAUCCGGCUGUGGGAAGGUGACGACAUCAAGACCCUGGGCUCUGUGCUCUACAUGAGCCAGGUCCUUGUGCACACUCCUGGGGCGGAGGAAAGGAGUGAGCGUUACCUCAUGCUUUUCCCCCACGUCCUCCUCAUGUUGUCGGCCAGCCCCAGGAUGAGCGGCUUCAUAUUCCAGGGAAAACUGCCUCUGGCCAGCAUGUCGGUGAGCAAGCUGGAAGAAUGUGAAACCCAUAAAAAUGCCUUUGAGCUCAGCGGCCCCAUGUUUGAGCGUCUUCAGGUGUCGUGCACCAGCCAGCAGGAUCUGCAGGACUGGGUGGAGCAUCUAACGCGGCAGAUCAAGCACACUGCAGCUACAGCGCCGAGCCACAAACCUCUCACUGUUCCCUGCCACACGCUUCCAUCCCAUCCUGUCACACCGUCCCGGCACGCCGAGGGAAGGGCCAUGACGGUGGCCCCCACCUACCACACCCUCCCUCACCCUUCCUCCCAUGGGACAUCUCACAGCACCAUGAUGUGGGGCCCCCUGGAACCUCCCAACACCCCCAAACCCUGGAGUUUAAGUUGCCUGCGGCCCGCACCCCCGCUGCGACCCUCUGCGGCCCUCUGCUACAAGGAGGAUCUAAGUAAAAGUCCCAAGAGUGUCAAGAAACUCCUUCCCAAGCGCAAGCCAGAGAGGAAACAGUCUGAGGAGGAAUUUGCCUUGAGGAAGAGUACCGCUGCCCUGGAAGAAGACGCCCAGAUCCUAAAAGUUAUUGAGGCCUACUGCACCAGUGCCAAGACCAGGCAGACACUCAACUCCACCUGGCAGGGCACCGACUUGAUGCACAACCACGUGCUGGCCGACGCGGAUCGGCCCUCUGUGGACUCGCCGGGUCGCCGCAGCAGCGUGUCGCGACCGGAGUUGAGCUCCGACCUUUCGGAGGACUCGGACUACGACUCCAUUUGGACCAGCCACUCUUACCGAAUGGGCUCGGUGUCACGACCACGAAGGGAAACAGGGCUGCAUGCGAUCAUUCCCAGCGAGGAGAAAGUCCUGCUCGACGACCCCAGUCGCAUUAGACAAAGCGCAGCGGAAGAGAAGAGCCUAGUGGAUGUGCUGUAUGCCCUAAGGGGCGAGGUGCAAGAACUAAAACAGGACAACAAAAAGAUGAAAAGGUCACUAGAGGAAGAGCAGAGGGCCCUCAAAGAUCUGGAGAAGGUCGUCAGGAGGGUAUUGAAGAGCAUAAAUGACCCCACUUGGGACGAGACCAACCUGUGAAACUCUGCUUCAAAACCUGCUAUCAAGAGAUGGUUGAUGUGCUCUGUUUUACUAUCCCGUGUGCAUUUGAAUUGUUUCAAGACAUUCCUCAAACAUGAACGUCAUCUCCAGUCUGCCCACGAGGGGGAAAAGACAACUCGAGGUCCUGUUUACAAUCAUUCCACUGGAUGCCCUCUGGUGCUCCAUACAUGGUACUGAUACACAAUGACAUUUUGGACCAGACUGCACCUCUGACAUGUAUUUUCGUAAACAUUUACGUAUUUUGUUAUUUCAUUUUUAUGACUUGUUGAGUCGUUUGACUUGUUGCAUAAGCUUUUUUUAUGAUUAUUUUCUUUGCAUGUUUAUUUUGCUAUGUUUGGGCAUGCUGAGGGAAGUGCUCCAUUGUUUAACUUGAAGUGUAUAGUGUAAAUAUGGCAAGAAAAAGUUUGGGGAGGAAUAAAAAACAAAACAAAAAGAUUUA